AUGAAGCGAACGAAAAACGAGCCCGACCACACCAAUCCAAAGAUCUUGAAGAACGACUUGAGCCAAGAGAGCGAUGGUGUUGAACAAGAGAGUGGUAAAAGGGGCCGAGUCCCAUGUGGACUUGGGUACGUGGCCUCCAUGUCCGACAAGGCCGACCUGCACCAGGCCGUGCGCCACCAGACCAUGGCGGGCAUCCUGGGCCAGCUGUCCACGCUCCUCUCCUACGCCAACGAACUCUACGCCGACCUCCACCGCGAGCUCUCCAACGACGCCCAGCGCAUUUCGGCCCUGGCCGCCCGCACCCAGGCCGCCUACGAUUAUCUGCCCCAUCUCGAGACCUACAUUCACAACACUGGUCCCGAGGAGUUCAUCAACCGCGGCGGUAGCGAGUACAAGCAGAAGGGCGGGGAGGAUUGCCAGCUGCUGUCGCCGGGCACCAGGGCCACGGCCACGGUGGUGGUCUACGACACCGAGUGCGUGCCGCCGCCCGAUCUCUCGCCGCUCGAUCCCUAUCGCGAGGAUGGACGUCCGUGCAUCAAGGAUUACACCAACCCGGCCUUCUUCGUCGAGGAGUGGAUCGCCGAGCAGAAGCGCCAGGCCCAGGAGGCCCGUCGUCGUCGCGAGAAGAGCCGCAAGACCAAGCAAGAUGAGCGCGGCGUGUUGAGGCGCGCCAACGAGGCCGUCGAGGUCAAGAAGCUCAAGAAGACCCGCUACAACCAGUGGGGCGAAAAGAUUCAAGAUGGGGAUGACGACGGCGCCGUGGCCGCCCCCUCGCGCGAGGCCACCAAGAGCGCCCCGCGCGUCGAGGCCACCACCGCCCCCAAGGAGCUCACCGAGUCGUCCAAGGGCCACAAGAAGCGCGAGAAGAAGACCCUCUUCAAGGGCAAGGAGAAGGAGAAGGAGAAGGAGCAACGCGAGAGCGAGCGCAAGGGCUCGACCGACCGGCCGCCCCCGAGGAGAAGCGGUCGAACCUGCUGCUCCAGAUCCAGGCCGGCAUGCAGCUCAAGAAGGCCGAGCAGGUGCAGAAGCCGGCGCCGGUGCAGGAGGACGGGUCGAUCAACAUCGGCGCCAUCCUCGCGCGUCGCAUGGCCAUGGAGGGGAGCGACGACGAGGACGACGACGACAGCGAUGGUGGCGAGUGGGACGACGGCGGUGACAACGACUGGGACGACUAGACGUCGCCGCCCACCACUUUGGCAGUGUGCGCCAACACGUGCAUUUCUCCAUAAAAGGAAACAUGUUGUUUUGUUUUUACAUUUUGUUGUGUAG